ACGUCCCUCCGACGAAAAGGUGGCCAGGGGACGAGUGCACAGCUGCCGAUGGGGAACCCGACGACCAACUCUUCUCUUGUCAACAGCCCUACAGGCAAUUAGAUCAGCCUGGCGUUGCCGGAACCGCCGGCAAGUCUUUGGUUGUAACCCGCCGCCUCGCUUCCGCGACCUGAGAGCCUCUCUUUUCCACUGUCAAGCCCCGCCAUCGGCCUGGCAUUCCAGAUGGCCUGGGUGUCCACGAUGCACUUGGCCAUCUUGGCUGUGGUGCUGGCCUCCGUCAUGCUGUCUCCCGUCGUUUUAAGGCUCUUUCGUCGUAAUAGAGAGAGCCGUCCCGACGGACUCCAGGUCGUCUCUGACCCCAAGGCUGCCAAAUUCGAAAUCGUCGCAGUCCACGGCCUCGGCGCUCACCCAGAGUACACAUGGACGUGCCAAGCUCCAGCGAAUUCGACAGACGCAGCCAGCGUACAGCGCGUUCACCUGCUCAAAGACCUUCUGCUGCCCGACUUCCCGGCUGCCAGAAUCCUAAGCUUUGCCCACAACUCAGACUGGCUCAUCAAUGCCCCCGUUAAAACGGCCCAGGAGAUCGGCUACAUGCUCCUGCAGCAGUUAAAAUGCCACCGAUCAAGGCAUCCGGUACGAUUCCGCGAAUGCCUCUAAGUUCACCCUCCGCCUCGCGACCAGACCCCCUCGCGACCACCCCCCACCUGCGCAUGAAGGCAUCGUCAACCUCGCCGUCACUCUGCAAUAGCUCGUCAGCCACCAAAUAAAAAGGCUUUAAAUUAAUUGACCUGCACCUCUAUGCAACUCUCCUCAUCACUAUCACUUUCAAUUAGCUCCACCUCGUUGUCGCUACUGUCGGUGUUGUUA